AUGGCGCAGUCAAUGGCUCUACCAGACACGUCCAGCUUUAUGGGCGUGGCGCUCGUAAUCAAUCGGAAUCGUGAAGGGCCGCGCUUCGUCUUUCACUACCCCAGUAUCAUCACCCCACCGCAAGACUCACAGCACCGCAAGGAACUCAGCAAUGAGGAGGUCGACGAUGAUGACAUUUUUGUUGAGUCGACUGCCGCACACGCGAGAGCGGCACUCGGUGGGUCCCGGGACUUUAUGCCCAACCCGAGUGAGCUGGCGCGCUGGAACCAUGACGACCACCUCGUGGCGGACAAUGGCACGCAGUUUGUGCCAUGGGAGUAUGUUGUCGGGCUGCCGACCAAGGCCCUGGAGGGCAUCUUGACGCCACCGCGUGCAUUCCACAAAAAGCGCUUCCAGAUGUCUCUUGAUUCGGUUACGUACAUCUCGUACCCGGUGCACGUCCCAAGCAACGGCGUGUGGGCGCGCCGGCGAAACGCAACGGAUAAGAACAACAGCAAAGCCAAGGACAAGGCGGCAUCGACGCGUGGAGCCUCGACUGGGCGUGCUGGCGAGACGUCCGCCGGCGGUGCUGCCUCAGCGACGCAGGGCAAAGACAAGGAAGAGAAAGUCAGUUCGAUGACCAUGUUCACCUUGGUAUUCAUCAUGAGCCCCAAGCGUCACGAAGCGAACGAGUUGCUGGACACCAUGUAUACGCAUGUUGUUCGGGAGGUCAACAAAGUGUACAAGUAUUGCCAGGAGAGCGGAGACUUUAUCUGGCAAGAGUGCAAGAAAAUCAUACAGCUCAAAGACCACGCACGAGAAGACAGAGUAAAGAUGAGUGUUUUGUGGAAAGACAUUCUGGCAGUAUCGUCGCUGGCGGCGUCCAUGAGGGACACCUACGAGGCGAUCUCCCGCAACCGGAUUGCCGUUCUGGAACUCAACCUGAGCAAGGGAUCCGUCGGGCAUUCUGUCCAGAUUCCGGUGCCAUUCUUCGCUACCGAUAUACAGCCCCAGGCAGGCGAUUCCUUAAAAAAUCUCUGGCUCACCACUGCCAACAAUGUCUCGCGGCACGAAACGCUGGACGGCGUGCCAGCCUUUGACAAGUGCUUCGCCCUGCUUCUCACGGAUGACGACGAGACAAAGAUUAUCGCGGAGCUCGAAGCCCGCGGAGAUAAGGCUGCUGCGACUAUGAUCGAACUUGUCAAGGCUUCGAAGCCGACUCUAUCAUUUUAUCAAGUUUCACAGCUCCCGGACACAAUACUCACGAUCCACCAAAUACGCGCCUAUGCACAGCACUUCAUAUACUGGCGAAGGGCGAUGGCCGUGCCGCCAAUACAUGCUAGGGACGUGUAUAUCCUGUCGCCAAACUGCGACAUUGACCAUUUAGCCCGAGCCUCUGCUGUUUUUGCAGAGACAUUUCCCUUUGCACCGCCUUUACCGGAUCUUCUUGCCAGCCUAUCUUCGGCCCCUCGACCGUAUAAAUCAUUUUGCCCAACAAAGAGCCUGCGUCCGGCGUAUUUGCGGAUCUUGGCAUGGCUGAUUCGCGGCGGCUGGGUCUGCCAGUUGUGCACAUUCGCCUACGUCGUUGUCUGGCCCGAAAUCCAAUAUGAGGUCGAGUACAACCUCGAGGCCGAGGACCUUGCACGCAUCAAGCAAAAGCAGCAGCAAAAGAUGAGAGACGGUGGCAGGGACAAUGUUCAAUCCUCCCGCACAUCCCUGUCCCGUGGUCUGAGCAGUAGCAAUCUUUACCAGGAGAAGGAACACCGGAGGCAACAACAAUACGCUGGAGACGAUUCGGACGACGGCGAAGAGGGCGACGUUGGCGAGAUUGGCGGCUUGUCGGAAAUGUCUGGCACGAUGUCGUCGAUGCCGUCCUCGGCGCGCCACGACCGCGACCGUGCUAAGCAUGGUGGGAAGUCAGCUGCCGAGCACGCCGCCGAGCGAGCGCGGCGCCAGCGCAUGGCCGAAAAGGCGGCGCAUAGCCUGGCUGAGCGGGCCACGGUCCACGCGCGCAAGCCACUGCCCACGCGGACAAGCCACCCGUCAAUCAACAAUGCGCCGCAUCUCGCAGGCAUCCAGCCAUACGUAAUUAUGGAUGCGAGCAAGCCGACGGGCAAAGAGAGUCUGUUCCUGAGCGCCAUUGAGCGCAACCUGCGUGCGUGCCGUGCCACACCCCCACCUGCAAGCAAGAAAGACGUGGCGGCACAACACGAAGGCCCGCGGAUUCGCUAUCCCACGAGCGGCAACAGCCCGGUGGACGAGACAACGGCGUGGAACGAGCGUGUCGCCGAGAUGUGGCCCGUCUUUUGGAAACACCUCAACGGCCAUUCGGCGCUAGAGCGUAUUGCGCUACUCGAAGAUAUGAAGAGAAAGGAUGUCUGGAAUCUGCUGUCGUCUAUGAGCGAGUACCUACUCUGUGUACGGCACUGGUGA